AUUAUAUCGACAAACCGGACUUCCUCAAAUCAUUCAACUCAAUUUCCCUCGGUAGUUUUGAAAAUGCGUACACACGUGCGAUACGAACUCGGAGUCCUCGUGGGCGGUCAAUUCAAGCAAUGUGCAAAUGCGGCUGGACAGGACUACUAUGAGGACCUGUAUUAUGGGGGAACACAGUUGGACGUUCCGGUUGGCUACGAGGAUUCUGAUCAGGAUACAUGGACACAGGAUACAUCCAAAUCUUAGCCUCAGUGCUUAUAUGUGUAUGAGGAACAAUCGAACUGGGCGCAUCACACGUAACGACCCCAACCCGGCGCCGCUUGCUACGUACCUAGAUGUGCCCCUUAUGAAAGCGGCUGUUAGGGAUAUUCAAGUUGCCCCUGAAGCUCAUGAGUCUAUAUAUAGGAGGGCUAUAGUAGAGAUCCUAUGGUUCUGUUUCCCGGAUAGGGAUAGCUGGGGGAUUUAUCAAGAGGAGUCACGAGGCGAAUUGGAUCAGAAUGAAUCGAAGCCAGAUAUGGCAGUGCUUAAGCUUGUUGCUCGUCCUGGAGGCAGCCUCUAUACGUACGAUUACUGUUUAGUUGAGAGUAAGAAGAAGGGUGGAUCCUGGUCUGCAGCAGUGGAGCAGCUAGGCAGACAUUGCGCUGGCACAGAGGUUGAGUCGAAGCAAGUUUACGCCAUCACUCAAGUUGGGGAAGAAAUGGAAUUUUAUAAGGCAAAGGACAGCGAGCUUAUAAGGAUGGCUGAUCGUCUGCACUUUGUGCAUUAG